AUGCCUCACGACUUUUCGCAUUUGGUGAUAGGCGGAGGGGUUGUUGGACUUGCGAUUGCAGCGAGACUGGCGCGAACAGCAGCCAAUUCGGUUCUUCUCGUCGAACGACAUUCGCAAGUGGGAACAGAAACCAGUGCCCGCAAUUCAGAGGUGAUCCAUGCUGGUUUAUAUCACCCUCCUGAGUCACUGCGAACUAAAUUGUGCAUUAAGGGCAAGAAUAUGCUGUACGAAGUGGCCAGCAAAUCAGGAAUUGAGUACAAACAAUGCGGGAAAUGGGUGGUAGCUCAGGACGAGAAACAGCAUGAGUAUCUACACAAAAUGUAUCAAAGAGCUCGAGAUUUCACUGGUGUGCCAUUAGAAUGGGUUAGCCUUUCUAAAGCAUCGCAACUCGAACCUUCGAUUAUAGCCAAGGCGGCAAUCCUGAAUUCUCCGACAACAGGAAUUGUAUCAGCUCAUUCACUAAUGACCUAUUAUGAGGGUCAAAUCGAGCAGCAUGGCGGUGAUAUUGCACUCAACACAGCUGUAGUAGCCAUUCGACAAAACGAGACCUCGGGGUAUACAGUCAGUUGCAAGUCCGACGAUAGCAGCGAUCCAAUUGAGCUGACUGCUACUUGUGUGAUCAAUUCAGCAGGACUGAAUGCUCCUAAUAUCUCUAAUCUCCUUCUUCCAAAAGAAAGACAUGUAACUGCAUAUUAUGGCAAGGGAAACUAUUUCGCAUAUACACACUCUCAGCCCAAAGUGAAUCGUCUAAUCUACCCCUGUCCUUCUGACCAUGGAUCUCUAGGUACACAUUUAACACUGGAUCUGAACGGCCGGCUGAAAUUCGGACCUGAUUUCGAAUGGGUCAACUCAGCCGACGAUUUACAAGUCAAUGGCCAGAAUCUCGAAACCGUAAAACAAGAGAUCUCCAAAUACAUCAAGCUCGACACCUCGGCCCUCGUGGCAGACUACGCCGGCAUCCGGCCCAAAAUCACCCAAGACAGCUCGAAAUUCCACGACUUCGUCAUCCGAGAAGAACACGGGUUCCCAGGAUUCGUCAACCUGCUCAACAUCGAGAGCCCCGGCCUCACGUCCAGUCUGGCCAUCGCCGAAUACGUAGAAACCAUCCUCCACCAAUAG